AUACUAUCGGGUCUCAUGGAGAACCCUGGAUGACGGCCAUGCGCCAAAAUGGAGGACAGUGUAAUAGCUUCGUAACUCCCGUGUAGGAGGAGCUUGUUUUUCUGGAAGCUCCUCGGACCUAAACCUCGGAGCACGCAGGCAACGGUGGGAAGAAAAAAAACCCGAAGCCAACGGCUGGGAAGUGUUACCGAGCCGCGGAGGAGAGAGGCGCUUCUUGGCUUGACGUUGGAGACUCGGACCCAUACGUCAACCAAUACAGUGUGGGAGGACUGUGUGUUACGUCCCCAAAGAAGAAAGUGUAAGCCGCGGCUGUUCGGGAUGUGAAGAACAGCGUAACCCACCUGGAUCCGUGCUGUAACUCGAGCCUGGUGCCCACGUUAACAUUCAGACCGGUGUAACAGUCGAAGCCGUUAACGGGAGCAGACACACCGGCGGAGUAGUUACUACGGUGUUUGUUUGACACCCACGGACGAUUUGCUUUUUGAGACAGGACACCGGGAAGCUGUGGGAAAGGCGGGGCCGAACUGGUGGACUCCCACAUUGGAUUACUGAGCUCCCCCUGUGCCGAUUUAUCCACAGAGGCACGGCGAUUCUUUGGAGGGGGGUCGGGGUCAACGAACGGAGGCGACGAGCAGGAUUUAAACUGUUUCUUUGGAACUCUACCGACCGCCGUGCUGCUGACGGUGCGAGCGGCUUUUUGUCGGUCAUUUUUACCGAGCGGUCAGGAGCUUAUGGCCUUCAUGUUCACCGUUUUCUAGGAGCACAAUCAGGUUCUGGGACGCAUAUCUUUGGGGAUCAUCCCCCUCCCAGCCAGGUCGCACGAUGGCGGACGACGACAUCCUCUUUGAAGAUGUGUACGAGCUCUGCGAGGUCAUUGGCAAGGGCCCCUUCAGUGUGGUGAGGAGAUGCAUCAACAGGGACACGGGGCAGCAGUUUGCUGUCAAAAUUGUGGAUGUCGCUCAGUUCACAUCCAGUCCAGGACUCAGCACUGAGGAUCUGAAGCGGGAGGCCAGCAUCUGCCACAUGCUGAAGCACCCCCACAUCGUGGAGCUGCUGGAGACAUACAGCUCAGAUGGGAUGCUCUACAUGGUUUUUGAGUUUAUGGAUGGAGCAGACCUGUGCUUUGAGAUUGUGAAGAGGGCAGAUGCUGGUUUUGUCUACAGCGAAGCAGUGGCCAGCCACUACAUGAGGCAGAUCCUUGAGGCGCUACGCUACUGCCACGACAACAAUGUCAUCCACCGAGAUGUCAAGCCUCAUUGUGUGCUGCUAGCGUCGAAAGAGAACUCGGCUCCAGUGAAGCUGGGGGGGUUUGGAGUCGCCAUCCAGCUCGGCGAGUCAGGACUGGUGGCAGGAGGUCGGGUAGGAACUCCCCACUUCAUGGCCCCAGAGGUGGUGAAGAGAGAGCCUUAUGGGAAGCCCGUGGACGUGUGGGGCUGCGGAGUCAUCCUCUUCAUCCUCCUCUCAGGGUGUCUGCCUUUCUACGGCACCAAGGAGCGUUUGUUCGAAGCUAUCUGCAAGGGCAAAUACAAGAUGAAUCCGCGUCAGUGGGGCCAAAUCUCCGAGAGCGCCAAGGACUUGGUGCGGCGUAUGCUGAUGCUGGACCCUGCUGAGAGGAUCACCGUCUACGAGGCUCUGAACCACCCCUGGCUCAAGGAGCGGGACCGCUACGCCUACAAAAUCCACCUGCCCGAGACUGUGGAGCAGCUGAGGAAGUUCAACGCCAGGAGGAAGCUCAAGGGGGCUGUGCUGGCUGCAGUAUCCAGUCACAAGUUUAACUCCUUCUAUGGAGACCCCCCCGAGGAACUGCAUGACUUCUCCGAUGACCCCACGUCCUCAGGACUACUAGCAGCAGAACGGGCUGUGUCUCAGGUGUUGGACAGUCUCGAGGAGAUCCAUGCGUUGACAGACUGCAGUGAAAAGGAUCUAGAUUUCCUCCACAGUGUUUUCCAGGAUCAGCAUCUACACACACUGCUCGAUCUCUACGAUAAGAUCAACACCAAGUCGUCCCCACAGAUCAGAAACCCCCCGAGUGAUGCUGUGCAGAGGGCCAAAGAGAGUUCUUCCCAAGACGAAGCAAGUGGCGCUUUGAAACAUCUGGAAUAUGUACUGGAAGAGAUCUCCUGCUACCCAGAGAAUCACGAAGCUAAAGAGCUCAGACGGAUACUGACCCAGCCACAUUUUAUGGCCUUGUUGCAGGCGCACGACGUGGUGGCCCACGAGGUUUACAGUGCCGAGGCUCUGAGGGUGACCCCUCCGCCCACCUCGCCCUACCUGAACGGAGAAUCCCCAGAGAGCACCAACGGAGACAUGGACCUGGAGAACGUCACCAGAGUUCGCCUGGUCCAGUUCCAGAAGAACACAGACGAGCCAAUGGGUAUUACGCUGAAGAUGAAUGACUCAAACCACUGCAUCGUUGCGAGGAUAAUGCAUGGGGGGAUGAUCCACAGACAAGGAACAUUGCACGUAGGAGACGAGAUCAGGGAGAUCAAUGGUAUCAGUGUGGCCAACCAGACUGUGGAGCAGCUGCAGAAGAUGCUGAGGGAGAUGCGUGGCAGCAUCACCUUCAAAAUAGUGCCAAGCUACCGGACGCAGGGCUCCUCGUAUGAGAAAGAGUCCCCCACCACCUCCAGACAGUCCCCUGCCAAUGGCCAUUCCAGCAUUAACAGUUCUAUCUUGGACCUGCCAUCCACCAUCCAGCCCAAGGGUCGACAGAUUGUAUCCAGACCUCCGAUCAGGGACAAACUGUCUGUUAAGAUCUACGUGAGAGCCCAGUUUGAAUACGACCCCUCCAAAGAUGAACUCAUCCCCUGCAAGGAGGCAGGCAUCCCUUUCCGAGUGGGCGACAUCAUCCAGAUCAUCUCAAAGGACGACCACAACUGGUGGCAGGGCAAGCUGGAAAACAUAAAAAAUGGCACCGCAGGCCUCAUCCCGUCACCAGAGCUGCAGGAGUGGCGGGUGGCAUGUAUAGCCAUGGAGAAGACCAAGCAGGAGCAGCAGGCCAGCUGUACCUGGUUUGGCAAGAAGAAGAAGCAGUACAAAGACAAGUAUUUGGCAAAGCACAACGCAGUGUUCGACCAACUAGAUCUCGUCACAUAUGAAGAGGUUGUGAAGCUUCCUGCUUUCAAGAGGAAAACACUAGUUUUGUUAGGUGCUCAUGGCGUGGGCAGACGACACAUCAAGAACACUCUCAUAACCAAACACCCUGACAGAUUUGCCUACCCCAUCCCACACACAACCAGACCUCCAAAGAAGGACGAGGAGAAUGGGAAGAACUACUACUUUGUUUCCCAUGACCAGAUGAUGCAGGACAUCAGCAACAAUGAGUACCUGGAGUACGGCAGCCACGAGGACGCCAUGUAUGGGACAAGGCUGGAGACCAUUCGCAAGAUUCACCAGCAGGGGCUUGUGGCUAUAUUGGACGUUGAGCCUCAGGCCCUGAAGGUCCUGCGAACAGCGGAGUUCGCCCCAUAUGUCGUCUUUAUUGCCGCACCGACGAUCACACCAGGCAUCAGUGAGGUUUGCAUUCUCAGUAGGAAGCUGUGGAGCCACAGAGUCAAGGAGUCGGAGCCUGGACAGAUGAAGCAGCUCGGUGUUCCUGGUCUUUUCGAUUUGCACUUUGCCAAAGGAAGUCAGGAGCCAGUUUUGGUGUCGGUGCUGCAGGGUUCGACAGCUAUACUGCCCUGUCCUCAUAAGACAGGAAAUGUGACAUGGAGCCGCUUCAGGGGUGGUUCAUCAGUGACCCUCGUCACCAUCAGAAACGACCAAGAGGUCAAAACUGACCAACGUUACGGGUCCACAGCAGAUAAGUCCCUGGUGAUAAUUAAUGUUAAGGACAUUGAUGAGGGGAUGUACUUCUGUAAUAGAAUGAAAGUUUUAGUGACCACAGCUCGCACCAUGGUGGAUCCUCCAGCUCAGCCUGAAGACAACCAACCAGUCACACCAAUAAACAGGGGCCACACACCUGCAGACACAGAGAACCAACAGGCCCUGGACUGGUGGAAAGUACGUGUGGGUGUAGUCACAGGUGCUACUGUGGUGCUGUUGGCCAUCUUAACCUUGAGGCUGUGCUCCAAACACAGGGCGGAGAGAAAGAGCAGCGUGGCUGAGCCUGUAACCAAUGUGAUCUACCAGGAGAUUGAAGACGUCGACUUGUAG